GUUGCUGCCGCUGCCUGGCUGCUUUGCGCUGUUUUUCGAUUGUCGGUUGUCGUGUAAUUCCCAUUUGUCGUACACUUUGUAGUUGCCCAAGAAACUCAUGUUAGUCUACUUUUGACUGUUACGCAGAUUGUUCGUACCGCUCGUGUCCGCUGUUCGCUGUUCGCUGUGCGCUGUGCCGUGUGCUGUGUGUGCUGUGAAUCUGUGCUCUCUGCCCGCCGCCGUCGCCACCGCUCGCCUUCGUGGUGCGAGCUGGAUUCAGAUACAGCCGCCGCCGCCGCAGCUCCAGUCUGAGAUACGUCGCAUCCUCCGGAUAGCUGCGCCCGCUGCGUAAGCUCCAUCUCGGUACCGAUUCCGAUUCCGAUCCCCCUGUUCGCCAGCCGUCGGAUUUCACGGAUUAACGUAGUGCCCGCCCGGCGAUCGAACCGAACGACACAAAAAUCCUUAGCCGUCGGCAAGUGCAACCACUAAAGUGAUGAAAAGAUUACAAGAAAUUCUUAAAACAAAAUAAAAACACACACAAGAAACUCACAAAAUAACUGAAAUACAUAUAAAAUAAACCCUCUAAGAUAUCCCUUAAACGAAACCCACAUUUUAUUUCCGAGUGCAUCGCGCGGAUCCCCACCUCGUGAUCGUGGAUCGUAACAUUAAGAUUUGCUUUAUAGUUUUAGUUAAAAGCAAAAAUUAAUAUUAAAUGACAGUGCACAGUAAUGAAACCGGUAUCUGUUUAGUAAUGAAUGCCGUUUCAACUCACCUUGCCACCUCGUCGCCCAACACGCCUCCAACCAACGCUCCGCAGAGUCCACCGUCGACCCUGCCCACGCUCGCCUGUCCCGCCGCCCAGCCGCUGAGUGCGCCCGGCAUCUCCGGGCCCGGCCACAGUGGCAUGGUGACCUCAACGGUGCCGCCGGGUGCCCGCUCCACCUCUCCGUGCGGCCCGACCGCCGGUCUGCCUGCCCUACCGCUGCCGCUUGUCGGUGGACCGCCGCCGCCAGGAGGACCCCAUUCAGCGGGACCACCGGGAGGAGGAGCGCCAGGAGGAGGACCCGGUUCGGGAAACCGCUGCUGUGAUACGGGUCGCACCAUCUAUACGGAUCCGGUCAGCGGCCAGACGAUCUGCUCCUGCCAGUAUGACAUGCUUAACUACCAGCGUUUAGCAGCCGCCGGAGGCGUGCCCCUCGGCGUCUAUCCGGAGGGCAUGUCCGCCUACCUCUCCGGCAUUGCGGCUGAUCAGCCGCCGUUCUACGCAAAUCCGGCUGGAAUCGAUCUGAAGGAGAACCUGGUGGCCGGAGCCUCCCCCUGGCCAUAUCCCUCGAUGUAUCAUCCCUACGAUGCGGCCUUUGCCGGCUAUCCGUUCAACAGCUACGGCAUGGAUUUGAACGGAGCCCGGCGGAAGAACGCCACCCGCGAGACCACAUCCACGCUGAAGGCCUGGCUGAAUGAGCACAAGAAGAACCCGUAUCCGACCAAGGGCGAGAAGAUAAUGCUGGCCAUUAUCACCAAGAUGACGCUGACGCAGGUGUCCACGUGGUUCGCCAACGCGAGAAGAAGACUGAAAAAGGAGAACAAAAUGACCUGGGAGCCCAGGAACCGUGUCGAUGACGAUGAUGCCAAUAUCGACGAUGAUGAUGACAAGAACACGGAGGAUAAUGAUCUGUUAGAUGCCAAGGACUCUGGUGUGGGCUCCACGGACGACAAGGACCGCAGCGGUCGUCUUGGCGACAUGCUGGCCGACCGACCCGGCGAGAGCAACAACAGUGAAUGGUCCGAGUCCCGCCCGGGUUCGCCCAACGGCUCCCCAGAUCUGUACGACCGACCUGGUAGCAUGCCACCCGGCGCCCAUCCGCUCUUCCAUCCCGCCGCCCUGCACCAUCACUUCCGGCCACCGGCGGGCUCGCCCCCCGACAUUGCCGCCUACCAUCACCACCAGCAGCAGCUGCUGCAGCAGCACCAGCAGGCGCAGCAGAAUUCCCUGCAGACGGCGGUGGGCGGAACGGCCAAGCCCAGGAUCUGGUCACUCGCAGACAUGGCCUCCAAGGACAGCAAGGAGUCAAGCUCGGGGGCCAAGGAUAACCUCGCGGCGGAACUGCCGCCCACGCAUCCCGGCUUCUAUGGACAUCCUGGCCAGCAGCCGUCGCCGGGCAAGAUUCUGUCGCCGCUGGCGGCAAGGAUACCCAACUACUCGCCCUAUGUCCGCCCGGAUCUGUAUCGGGGAUUCUAUGGACCGGCGGCCGCGCACCUGAGCGCUCCGACGCAGGAGUUCCUGGAACAUCAGCGCAGCUUCGGGGCCAGUCUGGCAGCGCACAACGGACCGCUGGGCAUGAAUCCGCUGCUGUGGAAGGCGGCAGUAUCGGGAGCCGCCAAUGGACCGCACUUUGCACCGCUUAGUCUGACCACCUCGGGUGGGGGUGGAGCAAGUGGGGCCCAACAUCAGGUGGCGCCACCGCCAGUGGCCUCACCCUCCGCCUCCAGUUCGUCCUCGUCCAUGGGCUGCGACGUGGUGCACAUACCGACAAGCAGCGGCCAGUCGGCGGCACAGCACAUGAUGGGACCAAUAUCCAGCAACUCCACCGCCUCGUCCUCGUCCUCGCACUCUGGCAAGAUAUCGCCCGGCGUCAAUGUGACCUCGCUGAGUGCAAAGCCAUGACAUCCAUCGGCAUCUCCGGAUCCUGAGACGACGGCGCCAUCGGUUGCCUCGCCCAUCUCCGCCUUCCGCUCGCUGAUCGCCUUCCGGGAGCAGCAGAAGCUGACGCUCCUGCGGCCGUAAUCCGAUUCCAGAUCCAGUUUCGAUUCCGAUUCCUAAUCCGACUUCGAUGCCCGGGCUUGAAAGGUAUAAUAACACUUUCGGACAAUAAUUUACAAUGUGAUUAUUCGGUAUUUUGAUUAACGCCGCUUAUACCAAAUAGCAAGCAAAACCAGCUGAAACGCAGCGGUUCCCUUGGCAUGGGCCCCCAAAAAAGAAAAUAUAUACGAAAAACACUGAGAGAAAAUAUAAGAAUUGAAAUAAUGAAACGUAAACGUAAAGAUUGGAACACCCAACAACAACCGCUGCUGCCCCAGAGACGUUGUGCAAUUUUGUGGAGAAGAAGAUAAUCCAAAAACCAUUUGAAGAUAUGUACGUUAAUUUAAUUACUUACAACUUAUGCAAUCAGAGCUUAUAGGAUGUAAAUUGGAAGAUAUAUAGAGCAGGGGCGACAUCAAUGAAUACAAUACAAUGCAUAUACCCGACCACUAACACGUAUAUAGCCGAUAUAAGGCGGCAGAUCCGAGAGAGAAACCCACUAAAUUGUAGAGCACACUUCCUUGGCGGCCAGGUCUUCUCGUCUCUCUCCCUUCCUAUAUCUCCCACUCACCUGUGUAGAUCCGUACGGAUCCUGUAUGGUUUUCUUCAAGUUUGAGUUCACAGCCAGGCGGAACUUUACCCGAGAAACAUAUCAACCCCGAAGUCUGCUGAAAAAGAAACCCCUUAACCCCAAGCCCGAACCCAAGCCAAAUGUACACGAGCAAUCAUUGAUUUAGCUGUUAUUGUUUUUAUCGUCUUAAGUUACCAAUUUGUUCCUGUCGUUUAUAAAUUUAAUUUAUUUUACUUCGUAUGUACCAUAACUUCCCUCGAUGUGCGUGUAAUUAUUUCCUAAACUAGAGAUCCGUGUAUUCGCUGUACUUUAUGCACAAGUUGUAAGUAUGUGUAAGCUCGCGUAACUGUAGCGCCCUAAGCGUAGUGUAAAUUAGUAAAACUGUAUAUACUUAUAAUAAAAAGAACGAUAAUGAGACACAUUAAACAAAAGCCACAAUUAUUGGUAUAAAUAAAA